AUGAUCCUCGGUUCUCAUGUAUGGAAUAUGAAAAGUAUUUUCUGUGACAAUUCAAUCAGCAUUUAAAUGUAUGCAAAAUAUAGAAACUGGCUUAAAGAUAAAGAACCAUGUGAAAGGGGAGCAAGAAGAUGUUGAAAUUGUCCAUCAACAACUAGCAACGUAUGAGCAGGCACACACAGGUCACAGUCUUUCCCACUAUGACAAACUGCCUUUCUAUAUAAAUUAUGGCCAUUAUUUCUACAUUUACCUAUAAAUGAACAAAUGCCAAUUUUAUGCCAAUCUUUGCCACCUUGCAUUUCCCUUUUUGGUGAUGCAUUUUCUCAUUUUUAGUGAUGUAAAUGUGACCAUCCCACACCUAAUACUGGUGAUGAGGUGGUCUGCAUAUAUUCAAGUGGAAGGGCAGGGCCUGAACAUCAUGGGGCCCAAUCAGGAUAAAGUGGUACCAAUUCUAACUUUUAGCUUUGCCUGCUACCUUCAUCAUCUGGAAGGAACAUUAGACUUCCUGUGGCCGUUUCCCUAUCUUAUAUGAUUCAGGAGAAUGAACCGAAAGAAAACAUUGCGCUUUACGGAACGUCAAAUGAUAGAUCAAGGCUAUAAUCACCAGAACAAGCCUUUGUGAUGUGCGGCAGUUAAUGGUGGUUGGCCAACAAUGUAGCAAACACAAAAAACAAGAAAAAUGUCAUGAAAGAUAUAAAAGACUAAACCUGAAAGAGAAGCCUGGGUAAUGUGCUGUAUUUAAAAUUCAUAAGGAAUCAGGAAAGAGAAAGGAAUAAUUUUAGGAUUAAGGUGGAACAGAUGGGAUGGAAUUUUGAUAGUGGUGGAAGGCCUGUACUUAUUUUAGAUGGACUGAAAAUAAUGUCAGAUAAAUCAUGCGGUAGUCCUGGUUAGUGAGAUAAUGGAAUGUUUUAAUAGACUUCUCAUAGUGCCUCUAGGGACUAUUAGGGUCAGGACAAAGUUAUUCCCCCUUAUUUCCUGGUUUUCCUUACUUUAGCAACUUUUCCCCUUCAUUAGGGACUGUCUCAACUGAAAAGUGACAUCCUGAUCCAGUAACUACUCUCCACACAAGAAGGGGAUGAAGAACCUGCAAGCACAGAAUUCCUGUGCCAUACAUGGAACAUGCAUGUACCAGGUACAUCUAAUGUAUGCACUGAUCUGCCUUUUUCAAAUUGGACAAAGCACUCUAUGUAAUCAGUGCAAUUUUGAAUUUCAACCCAGUCAUUUUGAGGUUUCUUAUUAAGUUCCCCUGAGCCUAUAUGCCCACAUUAGCAGGCAAGGUGCAAACAGUGUAAAGAUCAUCAAAAAAAUUAUUACAUUGUUUUGUACCAUAAACAAGGUAGCACAUCAAAUCCCAUGCUUGGUAAGGGAGCAGAGCGAUCCAUGGCUAUCUGGUCAGUAGCUUGCUCAAACUUUUUCUAUGACCCCCCCCAUCCCGACCUGACCUGCUUAAGCAUGCCAUUUUACUUCAGAUUAUUUUCUGGUUUAAAAUACAAUUGGGCCUCAAAGAUGACAGAAUGCAGAGCCCUGCUUACUUAUUUAAACUACAAGCUAUACUGUUAUUAUUAUUUUUUCCUUAAAAGAAGAGUUUGGAUUUGAUAUCCCGCUUUAUCACUACCCGAAGGAGUCUCAAAGUGGCUCACAUUCUCCUUUCCCUUCCUCCCCCACAACAAACACUCUAUGAGGUGAGUGGGGCUGAGAGGCUUCAAAGAAGUGUGACUAGCCCAAGGUCACCCAGCAGCUGCAUGUGGAGGAGCAGAGACACAAACCAGGUUCCCCAGAUUACGAGACUACCACUCUUAACCACUACACCACACUGGCUCUCCAAGCUAUACUGUUAUAUGUAUAUGUUAUAUGAGGGGAUAUCAUUCCAGUACGGGGUUUGAGAUCACCACCGUUGAAGGACUAGGGAGGUCUGGCGGUGGGGGUAGAUGUUAUAGGUGAAGGGUUUUGAGAUGCAGAGAUGCUCGAACCCCUUCCAAUCUACACCCCAUCCCGAGGGACGAGGGUAGGGUGAGCAGGGAUUACUCACCUCCGUCACUGGUGUUGUGCAAUGCCAGGUCUAUAGGCAAUAAAACCACCACCAUGCGAGACUUUUUUAUCUCACAGGGGGUUGACCUGGCUUGUGUGACGGAGACCUGGGUGUGUGAAGGUGAAGUAGUCACCUUGCAUGAGAUGGCACUCCCGGGUUUCUCCGUCCUCCACCAGUCGCGGACUGAGGGUCGGGGGGAUGGCUAGUGUUGUUAAUCUGGGAGGAUUGCUCUUUCAGGGCUCUGCCAGCAACAUCGAUCUCUGGCAUUGAAUGUGUUGGCCUGGUGUGGGGCACCAAGGAGAACUUGGCUGUCUGGCUGGUGUACCGACCACCUAGCACACCGGCAGCCACCCUGUCAGGCCUGCUGGAGGUGGUGGCAGGCUGGGCCUUGGAGUUCCCUAACCUAUCGGUUCUGGGGGACUUCAACGUCCAUGCCGAUGCCAUCCCUUCCUCUCGGGCUCUGGACCUGGUGUCUUCCGUGGUGACAUUAGGGCUCUCCCAGUUUGUUUUGGGUCCCAUACAGCAAGCAGGCCACACUCUGGAGCUUAUCUUUGGGGCGGGUAUAGAUGUGGUCAUGUCCCCCUUGUGGAAUUGCCAUAGUCUGAUCACUACGCUCUGAAAGCCAGGAUUAACUUCCCGCCCCCCCUCUCGCUUGGGUGGAGAACCUAUUUGGGCUCACCCAUGGAGGCUGAUGGAUCCUGAUGGAUUUUGUCAGGCCUUGUGGGACCCUGCUCCCCCUGGCAGCUCACUAGAUGAGCUUGUCAAGAACUGGAAUAACCAGCUCUUAGCAGCCAUCAAUGAGAUUGCAUCUAAGCGCCCUCUGCGACCCCACCGAAACCGGGCCCCCUGGUUUACCAAGGAGCUCUGGAAAAUGAAACAGGACUUCAGACAGCUAGAUCGAGUAUGGCGGCAUGCUCGCGACGGAGCCUCAAGAACAUCUUAUAAGAUGCUUAUGAAAGCCUAGGACAGGGGUCAGCAAACUUUUUCAGCAGGGUGCCAGUCCACUGUCCCUCAGAUCUUGGGGGGGGGGGGCUGGACUAUAUCUUUUUUGGGGGAAAUGAAUGAAUUUAUAUGCCCCACAAAUAACCCAGAGAUGCAUUUUAAAUAAAAGGGUACAUUCUACUCAUGUAAAAACACACUGAUUCCCGGACCGUCUGUGGGCCGGAUUUAGAAGGCAACCCGGGCCUCAGUUUGCCUACCCAUGGAGAUGGCAGUGAAAGCUGCUAAGAAGUUUUACAUGUAGGAUCACACUACCAAAUGCAACCUAAUCAUGACCACAAUAAAAUAGAGACAUCCUGGAAGUUUUGUUGUCUUCUGUUCAUCCAAUAGAGUUGAUUCAAUAGAGGUUUCAGUUCACUAGCUCUUUCUCCUGAAGGACCAACAUGGAUCCUAAACCUCUGGUGUUAUUUGGAGACUGGUUAAGGAACUCAAACUUCCUUUAUUCUUGAAUAAUACAAGGCUACGAUAAUUUGACAGCCACACAAAGUGUGAAUCCCACUUAAAACAGCAGGGGAUACUCACAAAUAUUUGAGUGCAGUAUUGUGCCCUUUUGCAAAUUGUCUUCGGUAACUUGCCUUAAUUGAAAGAUUCAUAUAUGUUUGUUUGUUUUAGGGAGUCUUCAUGCUGAAACUAUUUUUGCAAGGCUCAUCAGUUUCCAUGUGAGCUCCAGUUGA